AUGGCCCCGACAUCGGUUCACCUCUGCGUCAUCCUCCACGGCCUAUGGGGCUCGCCCUCGCACGUCUCCUACCUCUCCGAAUCGCUCACAUCCCACGCACGCUCUACCGCCCAGCCCGAAGCCGGCGAGGAGGAAUCGAUCGGCCUCGAGGUGCUCAUCUCGAAGGCGAACGGGAUCUCGGCGGGCCAUUUAUAUGACGGGAUUGAUGUGUGUGCUGAGAGGGUUGUGGAGGAGAUUGAUGAGGAGGUACGAAGGCUGGAGAAAGAGGGAGCAAAGGUGGAGAGAUUCUCUAUCGUCGGCUACUCCCUCGGUGGUCUCGUAGCACGCUACGUCCUCGGCCUCCUCGACUCCCGCACCCCCUCCUUCUUUACCCACGCCCAACCCAAAAACUUCACCACCUUCGCCUCGCCCUGGAUCGGCAUUCCCGCCUACAGCUCGUUCUGGUCCCGUACGUUCAGGUACCUCGGCGGAAGGUUGUUGAGCAGGACGGGACGGCAGCUUUAUGAGAGGGAUCGAUUUCUGCCUUUGCGAUUUACGGACGGGGCGGAUAAGAAGGGCGUGAGAGGGGAGAAGGGGAAGGUCGAGGCGGCACCAUUGCUUAAAGUGAUGGCGGACCCGCGGUACAGCUUUUACAAGGCUCUGCAGAAGUUCGAGCGGAUCGACGUCUUCGCGAACAUCGUCAACGACAGGACUGUCCCUUUCCCGACGGGGGCCCUCGAAUCACACGACCCGUUUGCCCUCGCACGAGCUAGAGCACAGGAAGCGGCAGAAGAGCGCGGCGAAAGGGCGCACGACAGGAUAGACUGGCAGAGCGGGGGUCUCGAGAUAACAUUACACGAUGAUGCGCCUAUUGUCGCCUCUUACACCCGCACAACCUCAGCACCCUCAACCGCCUCCCCCUCUCCCUCCCGCCGCCGCUUCCGCCUUCGUCUCCGCCUCCCCACCCCCUUCCGCCCCUCAACCUAUCCCGUCUCGCGCCCUAAAGCCCUCUUCGUAAUCUCCCUCCUCCCCCUCAUCUGGCCUCUCUCAAUCGCCUUCCUCGCCUCGCGCUCUCUGGUCCAUACCGCCCAGUCGAGUCGACGGAUACGGAGUGCGAGGAAGAAGGUUGAAGGAGGACGUGAGGGGUGGUUGGAGAGGGUUGGGAUUGCGGUUGGGGAGGUUGCGGAGGGAGCGGGAGGGGACAAUCCGGAGUAUGCUGCGAGGCUGGAGGGUAGCGCGGACGGAGGGGUCGAGUCGGUCGGUGUGAGGCACGAUGACGACGAGAAGACGACGAGCUCGACGUCAGCAGCGUCGUCCACGAGCUCCGCAACCUCCUCAACUGCCCUUCUCGACUCUUCGCCCCCAGCCUCCUCCCAAGCCUGCGCCUCCCCCUCCUCCGCCCCUUCCGACUCCGAUCUCUCCGCCGCCCUCCAGCUCGGUACAGACCCCACCUUCUCCCCCUCUCAGCUCUCCCAACUCUCCUCGCUCAACGCCCUCCCACACCUGCGCAAACACCUCGUCCUCCUCGACGCGUACUUCUCGCACGGCGCGAUCGUGUGUAGGGAUAGGAAUUUCGGACAGCAUCAGCAGGGGAAGGAGGUGGUGGAUUGGUGGGCGAGGGAGUUUGUGGUGUAG